GGAAUGAUGCUGAAUAUAUCCACACUACAACAGUUUUCCCUGGUCAUCAUUUGCUGGCUUGGAGGACUCUUGUCUUGCUUGUUGUUUUUUCAGUACACCUCACCAACAUGUCCAUCUCAACACUUUCCUCCUUAUCAACCAGAUGUUUACAAGAACAUGCACUUCUCAAAUCUUACUUUUGCUACAGAUUCUCAGACUAAGAAGGAAAAACCCAUCCUGCUGCUGUGGUUCUGGCCUGAAAACCACAGGUGGGACUUUGGCGACUGUAAAACCAUAUACAACAUCGAUGGCUGCCAUUUGACUGAUGACAGAACCCUUUACAACCAAGCAGACGCAGUUCUCAUUUUCCACAAAGCUAUCAAAUGGGAUCUGUCCAACCUUCCACCAUCUCCUCGGCCUCCAUUUCAAAAAUGGAUCUGGUUCCAUGUAGAAUCACCAACCAACACACUAAAAAUACCAGGUUUGGAGAACCUUUUUAACCUCACGCUGAGCUAUAGACGGGAUGCGGACAUUUCUGUGAGAUAUCGACUCACUGUUAACAAAAAGCCAAACGAAGACUUUGUGAUCCCAAAGAAGGACAAGCUUCUCUGCUGGUUCGUGUCCAACCUUGCCCCCAUUACUGGAGUAGGGACCAGGAUGAACUAUUACAAUGAGUUAAAGAAGUACAUCACCGUGCAUCUUUUUGGAAAAAUAACUGGGGCGCGCAUGAAAGACGAAGACUACUACUCCACGAUGGCAAGCUGUAAGUUUUACCUUUCCUUUGAGAACUCCAUCCACAAGGACUAUUUCACAGAGAAAUUAAAUGGUCCUCUCACAGUUGGAACCAUCCCUGUCGUCUUGGGGCCUCCGAGACAAAAUUAUGAAGACUUUGCUCCGGCUAAUUCCUUCAUUCACGUUAAUGACUUCCCUAAUGCUGAAGCACUGGCUAAAUAUCUGCAUCAGCUGGACAAAGAUGAUGAAGCUUACAAGCGCUACUUUGACUGGAGAAAACACGUGACUGCAGCACCACAUCUGAUUUAUCGGAAUCAACAGUUUGUCAUAUAUAUCUGUCACGCCUGUGAAUAUAUUGGUAGGCACAAAGAGUAUAAAGCUGUGCAUGGCAUCUACAAGUGGUGGUUUUCAUAA